GACAAUCAAUGCCAUGUAUAUCUAUUGGCCCGUUGUGCUUGUGGGACUGACGGUGGUGAUCCUGUUCUUGCCUCUGAGGAUAUUAUACCACCGCAGUCGCCAAUGGUGGGCCUAUUCUAACGUGAGUAACCCCUUUCUAGUUGAAAUCACCGCUGACAGGAACAGUGGCGUCUACUGCUGGCAGGCUUCUAUCCUGUCGAGUUCCGCGAUUUCUUCCUGGGAGACAUGUAUUGCUCCCAAACAUACGCUAUGGGCAAUAUCGAAUUAUUCUUUUGCCUCUAUGCUCAUCACUGGGGUAAUCCUCCCCAAUGCAACUCGUCGCACUCUCGGCUUCUCGGCUUCUUUUCCUGCCUCCCCGGCAUCUGGAGAGCUCUGCAGUGUCUGCGACGUUACGCCGAUACCAGAAACGUCUUUCCCCACCUGCUCAACUUUGGCAAGUAUACGUUUACCGUCCUUUACUACGUCACUUUGAGCAUGUACCGCAUCGAUAAAGUGGAACGCUUCCAGGCCCCGUUCAUCACCUUUGCGCUUCUCAAUGCCGUUUAUUGCUCGGUGUGGGAUCUAGCUAUGGAUUGGAGUUUAGGGAACGCCUAUGCCAAGCGUCCGUUGCUGCGGGAGGUUUUGGCCUUCCGUCAAGCAUGGGUAUACUAUGUAGCGAUGGUCAUCGACGUCGUCGUCCGGUUUAACUGGAUCUUUUAUGCCAUCUUCACCAAGGAUAUCCAGCACUCGGCGCUCCUCAGCUUCUUCGUGGCGCUGUCUGAAGUUUGUCGAAGAGGCGUGUGGACGAUCUUCCGUGUGGAGAAUGAGCACUGCACGAACGUCCUGCUGUUCCGGGCGUCCAGGGAUGUGCCUCUGCCCUACCAGGUGGCCGCCCCGCACCCACAGGGAGACCAGCAAGCGGAUGGCAUGCCGCUACAAGAUCAACAUCCGCAGCCGGCCCCUUCAGUCGGCGACGUGGAGCAAGGGACCCCGUCCACACCUGGCAUGUCUGUCCGUAACCGCGGCCUCUCUCGUGUCGGGUCCCUGCUGGCUGCGGCACAUGCCCAGGACUUUCAACGUAAGAAGCGACCGGAGCCAGCCCAGGGGGGACACACAGUGGCUGGCUUGAUGGACACUCCGGAAGAUUCCACUGACGACGAGGACAACGAAGCUAGAGUGUUCAUGGAUGCGGAUGAUGUGAUUGUGGAGGAGGUCCCAUACCACGAGGGGCGGGAUUAGCGUCGUGGCAUCUUUUCAGGCAUAUAUUACGAUAGAUAUAAUACAUAUUAAAUAUAAUAGAGGCAUGAUUGGACCGAUGUCAAAUUAAUUCCAUAGUAGACGUUGAAGUAAGGUG